CUCGCAUCACCACACGUUACACGAGCUGGGACCCCAGUUACACCACUACAGCAGCGCCCGCCCCGCAUCACGGCCUUCCAUUCCCCAAUCUAGGGUGCGAGCUCCCCGCCACCGCCGGCCAUGCCCGACGCGGACGUCGACGUCGAGAUGCGCGCCGCCGCCGCCGCCGGAGCCUCAGCCGCACCUGGCGACGACGAUGGCGAGGACGGCACCGGGGAGGAUGAGGAGGACGGAGAGGAGGUCGAUGACGAGGACGAGGACGAGGAUGAGGAGGAGCGGACCGCGCCGGCGCCGGCCGAGGAGCCUCCCGCCCCGGCGCCCGUCUCGGCCUUGCCGGGAAACCCGAACCAGCUGACGCUUCUCUUCCAGGGCGAAGUCUACGUGUUCGAAUCCGUCACCCCCGACAAGGUUGAAUCUGUCCUGUCCCUGUUAGGACGUGGUGAACUACCAGCUGAUUAUGCUGGCAAGGUUGUACCUAGUCAAAAUGAGAACAAGGGUUAUGAUGACAUACUUCGGAGGACAGACAUUCCUGCAAAAAGGGUUGCCUCUCUACUCAGGUUCCAUGAAAAACGGAAGGAAAGAAAUUUUGAUAAGAAAAUACGCUAUGCUGUUCGCAAAGAAGUUGCACUCAGGAUGCAGCGCCGGAAAGGGCAAUUUGCUGGAAGGGCCAGUCUUGAGGGAGAAUCUCCAGCUCCUGGCUGUGAUCCUGGUUCCCAAAGCUCAGGCCUAGAUUUCGUAUCACGUGAAUCAAAGUGUCAGAACUGCGGUACUAGUGAAAAGAUGACCCCAGCAAUGCGUCGUGGUCCUGCUGGUCCAAGGACUUUGUGCAAUGCUUGUGGAUUGAUGUGGGCAAACAAGCCGAAUUACAAAGAGAGGGCUAAUCUAGUCAUGUUCAUGUUGCUUCUGGAAGUCAUCAAACAUGAACUUCAGUUGCAUUGCCACCUUCUUUUUAAGAAAAAUAAUACUUCGCCCAGACCCCGCACAGUGCGGGAAGCCUACGGCACUGGGUACGCCCUUUUUAAUACUUCGCCAUGGAGAUCUGCUAUUGCACUUCAAUGGUGAUGUGUCAGAAUAAUAGUCACAUUGUUCUUUGGAGGUGAACAGAAGGAAGUAUCAUUUAGCGCUUGAAAAGUUAAGGCAACCCAUCUUUUGUGUUGUGCUUUUAGCAAACUGCUCCUUUGACUGUUAUUAUUUUCAUUGCUCAGAGAUUGUGAGAAAGUGUAACCAGUUCUCUGUGCUAUGAAGUUCGAACGUAUCUCAACUCUGACCCCCUCCUAAACUUUUAUCAGGAGUUGACUGCUGAUUCUUACAUAUGUAUUUGUUUUUUAUGGAAGUGGACAUCUUAUUGGACUUACAGCUACCAAUUC